AUGGAAUUCUCUCAUAUGCUGCAAGGUUCCUUGGAGAAAUGGAGAGCAGAUGGCGGAAAAGGUGUCUGGUUGACAGUGCCAAUACACCUAGGCAAAUUCAUCUCUGCAGCAGCAUUGCAAGGGUUUCAAUUCCACCAUGCUGAGGAGAAAACGGCAAUGCUUUGCCAGUGGUUGCCUGUGGACGUUUCCAGCACCUUACCGAUCUAUGCCACUCAUCAGGUUGGGGUGGCAGGCUGUGUUCUGAAUGAAAAGACAAGAGAGCUACUGAUUAUGAAGGAUAAGCACUCGGUAUGUACACAGAUUAGGUGCCUGGUGGCCUGGUGUCUGGUGACCUGGUGCCACGCCCCUGUUGGCCGUCUGUGA